GAUUUUAUUACUAUCAAUUACAUUAACAAAGUAAUCCAUUAUAGGCAAUGAUUUCAUAACAUAAUCAAUAAAAAACUUCAUUACCGAAUCAUGAUGUCUUAUUAAUCACGAUAAUCGUCAUUAUUAUUAACCUUUUCAAUAAUAAGAUUUAAAAGAAAAUAUCUAAUUUGUCUGAAAUAUUUCUGACCAGUAGUGCCGACGUGGAAGAACUGCGACUUCAAAUAUGGCUGUCAGUAGUGGAGUAUCGGCUCUUUUGUCUGCUAUCCUAGCAGUAGCCCUGUUUGCUGGUAUGCAGACAUACCGCACCCAACUCGCAGAUUCAGAAUGGCUGACAAUAUUUGGUGGAUUCCUUGGAGCUGACCUAUUCAUCUUGAUCCUCACUUGCAUUAGUAACAUUGAAACUAUGCUCUUUGGUAAAGGAUUUCAGGCGAAACUCAUUCCAGAAGUUGCUGUAGCUUUGGUCGCUGCUAUGUUUGCUUCAGGUUUAGUUCAUAGAGUGUGUGUCACAACUUGUGUCCUCUUUUCUAUGGUGGGUUUGUACUACGUCAACAAAAUCUCCCAGGCAACAUAUGCUCCACCUCCUUCUGUUGCUGCAUCAAUCAAGAAAAAGAAAUAAACAAAGACAUGUUUAUCCUCUUACAUGUAGUUAUUUCCUUUAAAGGUCAAGUCCACCCUAUAAAAAUGUUGAUUUGAAUCAAUAGAGAAAAAUCAAACAAGCAUAACACUGAAAAUUUUCAUCAAAAUCGGAUGUAAAAAAGUUAUGACAUUUUAAAGUUUCGCUAUUUUACACAAAACAAUUAUAUGCACAACUCACUGACAUGCAAAUGAGAGAGUUGAUGACGUCCCUCACUCACUAUUUCUUUUGUUAUUUAUUGUUUGAAAUAUAGAAUAUUUCGAUUUUUACAGAUUUGACAAUAAGGACCAAUUUGACUGAACCAUAAAAUGUUAGGGCAAUGGUAAUUCCACGUAUUCAGACAAUGACAAUGAGGGGAAAAUGGGAAUAAAUCAUAUUUCAUAUAAUGAAAUACAAAAGAAAUAGUGAGUGAGUGAUGUCAUCAGUCCCCUCAUUUGCAUACCGAACAGGAUGUGCAUAUAACUUUUUUGUGAAAUUAAGUGAAACUUCAAAAUGUCAUAACUCUUAUUUUACAACCGAUUUUGAUGAAAUUUCAGUGUUAUACUCGUUGGAUUUUUCUCUUUUCAUUCAAGUCAAAUCUUUGUUGGGGUGGACUUGUCCUUUAAAGGCUUCAGUGCUAGUUAGUAUAUUAAAAGUUGUAUAGGUAAUGAGAAUCGUGUAGAAACCAUAAAAGUUAACAUAGUUUAAUGCAAUUUUUGCGAAAUGAAUGAAAGGACACGGUUUAGUCAUUGAGCAGAUUUAUCAUGACGUAUAUAAUGUGAAGGUUAAAGGGGUACUGUGGGCUGAAAAUAAUUAGUCUUUGAUGAAAAGAGUAAAAUUAACCGAGCAAAAUGCUAAAAAAAUUGAUGAAAAUCUGAUAAGAAAUAAAGUUAUUUCAUUCUUAAAGUUCAGCAAUGUUUUGUGUAAACAUUUAUAUGCAUGUUGUCAUGAAUAUUUAUAAAGUGGGCUGAUGGUGUCAUGUCCCCACUUUCCUUUUUCUUACAUGAAAUCAUAAAUUUUCAUACAAGUGUGUAUGAUUUUUGUCCAUUUUAACAAAUACAUGUAAGUUCCAGAAAUGAUUAUAUUGCACAUUUAAUCUGUAUUUUUUUUAAAUCUUUGAGGAUGGAUCUGUCUUUAUAUAAUAAAUAAAAAAGAAUAUGUGGAUAUGACAUCCUGAGCUUGCUUAUUGCCUAUUCUAAAAGAUGUGCUUAGAACUGUUUCAACAAUAUAAAAGUUUGAAAUGUCAUUAUUUUGGUGUUCCUUGUCCAAUUAUUAAAUUUUCAAUUUUUUCGGGGGGGGGGAGGUGACUUUAUAUGUUCAUAUCAUUAUUUUUCAGCCCGGAGUACCCCUAUAAUCUUGCACAUUUGUAUUUUUCUCAUGAACAUUUCAAACUAUGAAGCCAUGUUUGAUCAUCUUUUAUUCUUUAAAUUGGCAACAUACAGUAAGUAUUUUUAAUUUACUGCUGUAUCUUUCCUUCUGAAGUUGAUGUAUCAUCAGGAAUGAAUGGAGAUUGAUAUACAUACAUGUAGAAGGUCUUUGAAAGUGAGGAAUUUGCCAACUUGUGUGGAAAAACAGCAAUGCCGAAAUUUUCAUUUAGUUCCCAAUUUAGAGAUUUCAGUUAGUUUAUUCCCUAUUCAGCUUUGAAUGAAAGACACUGAUGCAAUCAGUGGUGCCAGAAUGUACUGGUCAAACAAUGCUUUGGGAGGCGAGUUAUUGUGCAUUAACACCUCAAAACUGCUCGGAAGUUUCAAGUGCUCCUCAAUGCAAUGAAACAGAUUCAGUACACUGCAGAUUUCGCUUUUUUUUCUCGCUAUUUUUCUGUGUAGUUUGUAUGGUUGUAAUGGACUUGACACAAGAAAAUGAUGGGACAAAUUACCAAAUCACUUUGUCCAGCAAAGGUUUAUUGCUAUCAUCAGUUCCAAAUGAUUCUCAAUUUUCAGCCUGUGUUGAUUUUAAUCAAUAGAGAAAAAUCAAACAAGCAUAAUGCUGAAAAUUUCAUCAAAGUCAGAUGUAAAAUAAGAAAGUUAUGACAUUUUAAGCUUUUCAAAACAUUUAUUUGCACAACUCAGUGAUAUUCAAGUGAGAGGCGAUAAUGUCCCUCACUCACUAUUCUUUUGUAUCGUUUGAAUUUUACAAUAUUCAUACAGAUUUGACAAUAAGGACCAGCUUGUCUGUACCACAAAUAUGUUAACACAAUGGACCAUUGUCAACGGGAAUUCCAUAUGUUCAGGGAGAAAUAAAACUUUGUUUCACAAUGCAAUGAGGAGAAAAUUGAAAUAUUACAUGUUUGAUAUAAUAAAAUACAAAAGAAAUAGUGGGUGGUGUCAUUGUUUACCGACCAGGAUGUGAAUAUAACUGUUUUGUGAAAAUAAGCGAUAUUGUGAAAUGUCAUAUCUUUCUUAUUUUACAUCUGACUUUGAUGAAGUUUGCUAAUUUGUUUUUUCUCUCCUUGUUCAAAUCAACUUUUGUUGGGGUGGACUUGUCCUUUAAGUUGGAAUAAUGUAACAUGGAUUUCCUUUUUAUGACAUCAUCAUUACGCCAUGAUUUAUUCUGGAUUGAAUAAAAUGUACAUUUAUACAACUUGAAAUACAGUCAUUGAUUGUAGCUCGGUGUAUGUUUGUCAUAUAAAAUCUUCAAUUGUUGGAUGAUAAAGACAAAUGUCACAAUUAUCUGUAAAGAGAAAUUGUAUCUCAAGGACAUUUGGAGGGGUACUUCGGGCUGAAACUAUUCACUGAGCAAAAUGCUGAAAAUUUCAUCGAAAUCUGAAAACAAAGAAGUUAUUGAAUUUAAAGUUCAGCAAUAUUUUGUGAAACAGUUAUAUGCACGUCGUCAUGAAUAAUCAUUAGGUGGGCUGAUGAUGUCACAUCUACACUUUAAUUUUCUUAUGGUAUUACAUGAAAUCAUAAAUAUAUUUUUCAUACAAGUGUGAAUAAUAUGUCUCCCUUAUAUGAUAAAAUAAGUUGCAGCAGUGAUUAUAUAAUGCAUUAAAUCAGUUGUCAUUCCAUUUUUUUUUUCAUGGAGGAAAAAAAUUACUAAACUUAAUUUCAUCCAAUAAAAUACACAAGAAAAAGUGGGAUAUGACAUCAGUUUGCUCAUUGAAUAUUCAUGAAGACAUGCACGGAACUGUUUCACUUUGUUAUUUCUUGUCCAAUUUUGAUAAAAUUUUCAGUGUUUUGGUUGUACGAUUUUUCUUUAUCUGUUCAAAUCAUAUUAUUUUCAGUCUAAAGUGCUCCUUUAACUCGUAAAGUGCCUAAUGAAAGCAUGAUGAUCGUGAAUAGUCAAUAAAAACAUUUGCAAUUUGAAGUAA